AUAAGUGGCCCCUUCGGUACUCCAGCUCUUCCGAGAGUCUGAUUGCCGGAGCGAGUUUUGGUAGAGGAGGGGAGGGGCGGAGGGGCGUGUGCAAGGCAGAAGGAAGAGGCCUGAGCCCGGCCCGGGACGGGUUAUACCGCUGAGCUGUGGCGGCGACGGCGGCAGGCUCGCACCACCUGUCCGAGUGCCACCUGGUCUCGCCUAGUUGGGGCUGAACGAAAACACUCGGGUGACAGUUUGGUGACAGAGGCUCCAGGGACCCUGGGAACAGCGUGGGGAGCACGCCCGACCAUCAUGCCACGUUCGUUCCUCGUCAAGAGCAAGAAGGCUCACAGUUACCACCAGCCGCGUUCCCCUGAACCCGACUACUCCCUUCAGCAGGAGAUCCUACAGGCGCCAGGCAAAGCAGACAGUACUUCGGACACAGUGGGGGCAAAAGCGGAGCCCCGGGGCCGUUUGUCCCCCGAGUCGCAGCUGACCGAGGCCCCUGAUAGAGCCUCCGUGUCCCCCGGCAGCUGUGAGGGCAGUGUCUGCGAUCGGAGCUCGGAAUUUGAGGACUUCUGGAGGCCUCCGUCGCCCUCUGUGUCUCCAGCCUCAGAGAAGUCUGUGUGCCCAUCGCUGGACGACACUCAGCCCUUUCCCCUGCCCUUCAAGCCAUACUCGUGGAGCGGCCUGGCGAGUUCUGACCUGCGAAAUUUGGUGCAGAGCUACCGGCCGUGCACGGCCCUGGAGCGUGGUGCUGGCCUGGGCCUCUUCUGUGAGCGCACCCCGGAGCCAGGCCAUCCCGCAGCACUGUACGGCCCAGAGCGGACAGCGGGCGGCGCGGGGGCCGGGGCGCCCGGGGGAGGUAGCGCAGGAGGCAGCGCGGGCCUGGGGCUCUACGGCGACUUCGGUCCGGCUGCCGCAGGGCUAUACGAUCGGCCGACGGCGGCGGCAGGCGGGCUGUACCCAGAGCGUGGCCACGGGCUGCACGCGGACAAGGGUGCUGGCGUCAAGGUGGAGUCGGAGCUGCUGUGCACCCGCCUGCUGCUGGGCGGCGGCUCCUACAAGUGCAUCAAAUGCAGCAAGGUGUUCUCCACGCCGCACGGGCUCGAGGUGCACGUGCGCAGGUCUCACAGCGGCACGAGACCCUUUGCGUGUGAGAUAUGCGGGAAGACCUUUGGGCACGCGGUGAGCCUGGAGCAGCACAAAGCCGUGCACUCACAGGAACGAAGCUUUGACUGUAAGAUUUGUGGCAAGAGUUUCAAGAGGUCAUCGACGUUGUCCACACACCUCCUCAUUCACUCUGACACCCGGCCCUACCCCUGUCAGUACUGUGGCAAGAGGUUCCACCAGAAGUCAGACAUGAAAAAACACACCUUCAUUCACACUGGUGAGAAGCCCCACAAGUGCCAGGUGUGCGGCAAGGCAUUCAGCCAGAGCUCCAACCUCAUCACCCACAGCCGCAAGCACACUGGCUUCAAGCCCUUUGGCUGCGACUUGUGUGGGAAGGGCUUUCAGAGGAAGGUGGACCUCAGGCGGCACCGGGAGACGCAGCAUGGGCUCAAGUGAGUGCCCUGGCUGGCCACAAGCAGCUGUAACACAACACUAGGGAGCACAGCCUCCCCACUUGCCACCACCCACUUCUGACUUCUCAGGCCCCCCAGUCCAGGCUGCAGAUCCCAGCAGGUGAUCCUUCUUCGCCUUACUUCCCAGAGCUGCUGGAGGGAAUACGUUACCUUUUCAAAGUUCGUCCUGGAGUCAGAACCAAAUGACUUACUGUACUUUGGACACGAGGAAUGGGCUCCUCUACACCUGAAGACUCAAAGUCAAGAUGGGCUCAGAUAAAAUCUUGGGCCCCUCAGUCCUUCCUAUUCCCAGCUCUGCUCCAAAAUCAGGAGGGUCAUUCCAGUUUCUUCCCUCCUCUUUCUGAUCCACCCCAGAUACUGGUGUGGAAGAAGAAGAAUCACCUUUACAAGGUAGACAGACGCUAAUUUUUUAAAAUAUAGAAUGAAGAAUGAGUGUUAUUUUUCUUUUUUCCUUCUGGGGAGUCAGUUGACCCCUUUCUGUUGGGUGCUGCCUAUAAAUCUUGGAGGAAUCAUUUCUGCCACUGGAAGACUGGCUCAGAAACUGACUUGGGGAAGUAGUUUCAUACUUCUGAAAUUACAAGAUACACUGUAGGGCCUGUCCCAAGAAAGCUGAAGAAAAGUGGGCCUGGUGUUGAGAAGAGAUUAAAGGCCUCCAAGCCUGUGAAGGCUUCAUCGGAGGAGGUGGAAGCACAGAGCAGCAGCCUUUGGACACGGUAUCAUCCAUUCACAGCAAAUAUUUGUUGACCACUGGUUACCAUGGUACCGGGCCCUAUGCUAGGUACUGUGGAGCCAGAGAUUAAGGUCUCAGCCUCUGUCCCCUGCAUUUCAAAAACUAACAUUCGUACCUCCAAGUGGCUGGAUCUGUUCUUUCCCUCCAAAGGAAUUCUGAGAAGGCAAAAUAGUCUUGAACCUUCUCUUUUGACCCAUUUGGCUUUUGUCAAGCAUAAGAAAAAAUAGCUGAACAAAUACUUCAAAGAUUUGUGUGUAUAUUCAGUUUUUUUAUUGUUAAGCUGAUUUUUUAAAGAUGUCUAAGCUAGCAGGCAUGUGGGAGUGAAGGCUCUGUCUUUCACUCUUCCCCCUUCUAUGUGUACUGCAGAGAAGUGGUAAUUUCCUUUCAUGAGGUUUAUAAAUGUUUUUUAGAUCUUCUGAAAUGCAUUAUGUUAAUACGUAUUUAUUAGAGUGAUGUUUUAAGUUAAUAAAGUAUUAAGACUCUUA